AUGGGACUGGGAAUAGGGCCGAUGGGUACGGCAGCCACGGGAAGAGGUGAGGAAGAAGGAGGAGGGAUAGACACGGGAGGAGAAAGCGGCGCCAGUGAGGAAGAAGUAGGAGGGUCAGGAAGGACAUCGUCGCUGGCCAGAGGAUGGGUCGGACGACAACGGGAGUUAGUACGGAGAGAAGGAGGUGGUGGAGGUGAUGAGGGCGGUGGCGAAGGGGAUGGUGGCUGCGGCGAAGGCGGUGGUGUCGGUGGCGGAGAAGAAACGGGGUCAGAAGGAGAAGGAGAGGACACGGAAGAGGAAGGAGAAGGAGAUGAAGUCAAAGGAGGACUGGGAAGAGAAAAAGAUAAGUCAACAUUAGAUGUAGGGGUGGACGGGUCUGGGGGCAAGGGAAUUGGGCCAGGUUGGUGGCCUAAUGAUGAGACAAUAGAACUGGACUGA